AGUGACUUCCAUGCAUUGAUCCUCUACCAUAACUAAAUCAUUUUUCUUUAGUUUUCCAAAUACUAAGCAAUCUCUUCUUCUUUCCUUACCUUUUUCUUUCUUGGCUUUUUCUUUUCUCCUGAUAGAAACUUUUCCCAGUCAAAAUUUAAGAACUUUAAAGUAAAACUCCCACUAAGGUUUAUACAUAAACUAAGUCACACAUUUUCUCUUCUCGUUCUCUCUUCUCUUCUCUCCUUGUUUGGUUUAUAAUGGCGUCAAAAGGAAAGAAACCAGUAACAAGAACUCCAAGAAGAAGAAAACCAAUCAAGAACCCAUCUUUUCCAUGUAGUAUCAAAAGUGACGUCACUUCAACGUUAUCAUCUACUUCAAUAUCUUCAACCGCCACGUCAACGUCGCCGAUUUCAUCCCAUGGAUGUUGUACUCCGGAGUCUAAGAAGUCAAGAAUACCGGAGAUGCUGACAUGUCCUCCGGCGCCGAAGAAGCAAAGGGUUGCCCAAAACUCUGCUUUGAGGAGGAGACAAAUCACUUUCUUUGCUCCUCCAGAUGUAGAGCUCUUCUUUGUUUUGGCACUUGGUAAUGGUCAACAAAUCGACAAAUAAGUUAAGUUUUAAUUACGGUUUUGAGGCUGUUCCCAUGGUAUGAUCAAUCUCAAACUUCUUGUUUGAUUCAAAUACAAUAAUUGAAGGUGCAUUCUAGAGAGUGUAGUGUGAUGUUUUGCUGCUUUUUUUCUUGUCUCUCUCUUCCCCUCUUUGUUUUUUUUUUGUUUUAGUAUUUGGAUAACUGAAUUAGGUAGGCUUGAACUUGUGGUAGGGUAUUAUUAAUCAAAUGCCCUAUCUCUUUUUAUUUAGUUAUUGUGAAUUAGGUAGGUUUGAAUAUGUAUUCAAUGAUUGAAUGAUGCUUGCUAACCUUUCAGCUUGUUGGCUUUGCAAUUUUUUUUGUAUUUUGGUUUGAGUUAAUUACGAGUUGGGUUACUGUUAUUUAUUAGAUUUGCUCAUAAAAGACAAAUCCAUUAAAAAGUACUUCUGGUA